AUGAGAUUACCUACAAUUCUAUUAAAAACAAGUUUUAAUACAAGAGUAUUAUGCAAAUCAUCCAAAUUCAACUAUAUAAAUCAAGUUCAUAAUUGUAAGAGACUAUUUCACAGUUCUAACAAAAUUUUGUUGAAUUUUGAUCCAUAUAAAACUUUGGGAGUAGACAAAUCAGCAGAUCAAAAACAAAUUAAAAAAGCAUAUUAUGAUUUGGUUAAAAAAUAUCAUCCAGAUGUUAAUAAAGAAAAAGACGCUGAAAAGCGAUUUCAUAAAAUACAAGAGUCAUAUGAAUUGUUGAAAGAUAAAGAUAAAAGAGCUCAAUAUGAUAAAUUUGGCUCUGCGGCAUUUGAUGCAAAUGGUAAUGCUAAUCCGUUUGCCGGGGGUGCUAAUGGAGGUAAUCCAUUUGCAGGUUUCGGAGGUGGAGCCGGUCGUGGUGGUAAUCCAUUUGCUGGUAUGGGAUUUGAUUUUGAAGAUUUAUUUAAAGAAGCUUUCACAGGAGGAAGAAGUGGUUCUGGUGGUGGAAGAAGUUUUGUAACCGAACAUGUUGGAGAUAAUAUAGAAGUAUUGAAAUCUAUUCCAUUCAAAGAAUCUAUAUUUGGUACAAAAGUAACUAUUAAUUAUAAAGCUGUUGAUACAUGUACUAGUUGUAAUGGUUCAGGAUUGAAAAAAGAUGCAAAAAAGAAAACAUGUAUGACAUGUCAAGGUACUGGUCAAACUACACAUAUAAUGGGUGGAUUUCAUAUGUCAUCAACAUGUCCAACUUGUCAAGGAUCAGGAGUUAUAAUACCUAAAGAAAAUGAAUGUGGCAAAUGUCACGGCCAUGGAGUGGAAGAAAUACCAAAAUCAAAAACUAUUGAUAUACCAGCUGGUAUAACUGAUGGUUCAAGAAUUAGAAUACCUGGUGGUGGUGAUGCACCAUUUAUAACUAAAGAUGCAUACAACGUAACUCGAAAUGGAGAUUUAAUAGUGAGAAUAUCAGUUCAAAGAGAUCCAAUUUUCAAAAGGAUAGGUACUUCUGAUUUACUAAUGAAUCAAGAGAUUUUAAUGACUACAGCUUCAUUAGGUGGAGAAAUUAUAAUACCAACAUUAGAUGGACAAAAAAUUAAAUUAAAAGUAAGACCAGGUGUUCAAAAUGGUAGAAAGUUGAUAAUACCAGAUAAAGGUGUUCCAAUAAAUAAAAAUCUCAACAAUAGAGGUAAUUUAGAAGUUGAAUUAAAAGUUAAAACUUUGAUACCUGAAACACCAACACAAACAGCAUUAUUAGAAGCAUUAGCAGAUGCAUUUAAUGACAAAAACGCAAAAAGAAAUGAUGUAGAUUGGGGUCAAACUAAUAAUGAUAAAAAUACUAAUGAAAAUAUUGAUGAAAUUUAUGAUGAAAAAGAUUUACACCCAUCUAAACUAGCUCGAAUUGGUAAAGUUUUAGGUAAAUUUUUCAAUCUUGACCAUAAUAAAACUAAUAAAUCCGAUAAUUAA